UAAAUUUCAAACUUGCUUUAAAAGUAAUUAGCAAGAUAUCAAUCGAUUAAUUCAUUAAUUAAAUAAAUCAAUACUACAUUUUUUUAAUAUUUAUUAAGUAAAACUUGCUUCAAUCAAAUAAUCAAACAAGCAAAAAAAUAGAUAAAAAAUAUUAACUUGUAGCUGAGAAAGUAGGUAAAUCUUAAUACAAAUAUAGCAGAGGACAUCAUAAAAAUGCAAAAAUAUUCUCUUACAUUAAAAUCUAAAGGGUUAGAAAGAGAAUAUCAUUUGUAGUAGAUUGAUAUUUGCAAGAGGCAAUCUAAACCGCUACUUUUUAUAUAUUUAAUAAUUAGCUUCGUAAAUUUGGUUUAUCUCUCUAUAAAUUAAAUCAAAUCAAGCAAUAAUUCUAAUGAAAGUAGUCAGCUCAGCACUAACUAAUUUUAUUUUAUAUUAGCGUUUCUUAUUUUAUGGAUAAUAAGUAUUGUAGCAAGCCUUAUAAUGAUUUAUUAGAUUCCUAAUAAGUUUAAUUUAUUUUACUCAUUUUAGUAAUUUAUCAAUAUUUUUUAUCAUUUAAUCCUCAUCUACUAUGAGCUAAAUAUCAGUGAUAGCUUAUUUCCAUCAAGCAAUUAAAUUAUUGAUGAUUCUAGAAUCUCCUCAAAUAGCACCGUUUAUGGAAAACCUCUAAUUCAGUUUCAUUUUCUUGAAGGAUUUUUGUUGGCUAUAAUUAUUAAUAGAGGUUUUAUAGGAACUAAAUUUCUUGUGAAAGCAUGCUUUUGUACAGUAACUAUGGUUUCUUUAAUUUUUAUAAGCUUAAAAGAACUCUAAAAUCCGUUUAUCUAAAUUCCUCUUGGAUUUGCAUGUUUGGGAAUACUCUUGAGUUAGAUUUAUGAGGAAGAUAAAAAUAAAAGAUAGGAUUUUUUACUAAGAAGGAAAGACGAAGAAUGGAAUAAAAUUAUAAAAAAUGUUCUACCUACUAAUUUCAUUAUUGCUAAAUAUAAUUAAAAAGAAUCUAGAGUAGAACUAGAACAAGCAAAUAAAAAAGCUAACAGAGAAUUAGGUAUAACUAAUAAUGAUAAUUUCCAAAAAUUUACAAGGAGCACUCUAGUUUAAAAAAAUGAAAUUAUUUAAAAUGAGAAGGAUUUAAAUCGUAUUUUAAAGGGAAUGCACUAGAUUCCUAUUAGCGGAUAAUGCAUUCCUAAUUAAGGACAUCCUCAAGGAGGGAUGCAAAGAGACUUCACUCUGUACUAGUUAAUAAGACAGAAAAUUGAGUAAGAAACAAUUAAUAAUAAAAGAAAGAUGAGUAAUCAAAAAACUCCAAACGUUUUAAAUAACUUAGAUGGAAUUAUAGAAACUAUAAAUGAUGUAAUUUAGGCUAACACAGGAAGCAGCAACAGGUAAAAAAAGAAAUCUAUCUAAUCUACUUCUAAUCAAAACAUAAACCAAAACACUAACUCUUAAAAUACUAAGAAAGUAAGUGAAUUUAUCGGUACUUAUCGUCCAAAUGGGUUUGAUGUUGACAAAAAAUUGCUCAUAAGAGUGAGCACAUUUUCUCUUAGUGAAGUCUUCGCAGUUAUUACUAUUGAAAACGAGACAUACAGAGAAAAAUAUAUUAAACAAAUUAAGUUUAGCACUUUUCUUGAAAAGAUAUUCAGCUUUUAGCUCAAGAAAUUUAAAGAAAGUUACUUGGUUGUACUCAAUGAAUUGAACAGAAUCAAUAAUUAGUCUGUUUUAAAUCAAUUGCUAUACCAUAAUGUCAAGUGCAUGAACAGAGUAAACAGCUAUCUGUAGUAUUUUGAAUUCAAAAAUUCCUCGAAACACGAGUUUUCUGUCACCGAGUUCUCUCUUACUGCUGAAAUGUAUAAGAUUUUAAGAUCUUUAAAGCAUUACAUUGUAGGCAAGAGAAUCAGAACCUAUUAUGAAAACACCACAAACUAAGACAAAAUUUCUACUGACGAAGAGAGACUGUAGCAAAUAUUUUUUAUGAUUCUGGAACACUUGAUGGUAAAUGCUCCCAUGGACGGAUACUUAGCGAUACGCAUAACUAAUGAUCAAACAAUAUCGAAUUGCUUCAAAAUUUAAAUACAAUCUACUUAUGAUAGCGAUUUAUUAAACCAAAUUAAUUUAUAAACAUUCAACAUCGAUGAAUUAUACAACGAUUAUGAAGUCUACUAGAAUUAUUUCGUAUCUUUAAGAAUUGCUAUUAAACUCGUUACACUGAUGGGACCAUAUAAUAAAAUUGAAUUUCACAGGUCAGAUAAAAAUAUACUUUUCACUAGUUUUAGUAUAUUCUCUGAUUUAGAAGUUAUUAAAACUCAGUAAAUAAAGACACAAAUAUUCAAUAACAGCAAUAACGUUAAGUUAGGAUUAACUUAGUAAAUUAUAUAGAAUCCAUAGAUUUAAGAUGUCAGCCAGAAUGGUGCUAACAGUAGCGCUUUAGGUUCUGGUAAAAAUAACAACGAAACAACUUCAAUAGUGAAAAACACUUCAUAGAAAAACUAAGAAAAAAAUGGGGAAUGCAACGUUAAUAACACUUACAACAAUAGCAACAUAAAUAACUAGCAAAUAACCAAUAAAAAGUACUAAACAACUUUGAAUAAUAUUAACAGCUCUAAUGAGCUGAACGAUUCAGGAAACGUCAGUGAAAUUUAUGAUGAACAAAGCUCUUUUAAUUAAUGGUUUAAAGUGAAGCAGUUGCAACACUCUUCAUUGGCAAACCAGAAAGUAUUCGAUGUUAUAAGCACUAAUCUAUCUCAUAACACAAAUAAGAAAUUCUCUUAAAAAUGUAUAGAUAAAGAACAGCCAACUUAUUUUUAACCUGCAGGAGUAUUGCAAAAUAGAUCAAGUGGAUCAGGAGAAAAUUCAAAUUCUAUAUGUAAAACUAAUUCUGCUGUUUUUAGUGAUUUCUUUACAGAAGAAUAAAGAGAUUUGUCGAAAAGCAACAAUUUAAUGAAUUAUCGUUCAAUCUAGAAUAAUUAUAACAAUAUUAGUAAAGAUAGCCAAACAAUAGCUGCUUAUGGUAAUGUAACAUUUGUGAAUGCCACAAUAGGCGCAUUUAACAAUCUAAACGUUAACAUGAAUUUUAACUAAGGAGACAAUACCUAAAAUGGACUUCCAAAUAUAUCUUAAAACUAAGCUUUAAAAACGAUAAUAUUAAAUAAUAAUAUCGAUGAGAGCACAGCAAACCCGUUGAUCAAUUGCAUUUAGUAAAGUAAAUUCAACAAGAAUUACAAAUCUCCUAAAAAAUCUUACAACACUGACAAAAGAUAUUUAAUAAAUUCCCCUAAGUUAAUUUAAGUAGAAAGCCAAAGAAACUUGGCUAGGACUCCACCAAACUAUAACUUGCAGCAUUAACAUCAAACUUAAGAAAAUUAUAAAUUUUCUGUUUUGAACUAAUAAAAUUUGCUAACAAAAAAAGUUAGCUCUUAAUCAAGUAGAUAAAAUGACAAAGAUUAUUAUAAUUCAUAUAUAAAAGGCCUAAGUCAUGUGUAUUCUGCAGGUGAGCUAGGAAAUGACUCUGAAGUUUUACCUCUCCAUAAUAACUAGUAACCAAAAGUAUUGAAAAAAAAGAGCAAAUUUUGAAAUGAAAAAUAAAAAAUUUCAGAAUAGAAUAAAUAGAAUAUCAAACAAAUUUUGUAAAUAUAAAAUAUCAAUUAAAAAGUAAGUAAGUAAGUAAAUAAAUAAAUACUCUUAAUAUAAAAUAUAAUAAGAAUUAUAAUGUAAAUAAAAUUAAUUUAAUAUCUUCAAAGUCAAUUUAAAUUAUUUUUAAACCUUUAACAAAUUAAGUUAUUUCCUAAAAUAUAAUGUAUUAUAUAUAUUAUUAAGUAUUUAUUUAUCAAUUUCUAAUUUAAUUAGAUCUUUUUUAAAACUCUAAAUAAGUUGAUAAGCUAAGCAAAUAUAUAAAAAUAGACACUUUUCUAGUGAAACAAGUGACAAAUAUCUAUUUCAUUUAUUUUUAAAACCUUUAAGAAAUUUAUUUACUUUCAUAAAUAACUAAUUUUUAAUAAGAAACAAUGUAAAGCUAAUUUAUUAAAACUUAAAUCUAUUUCUAAAUAGGCUAAUUAGUAAGUUGAUGCUGAGGGCUAGAGACACUUUUUACAAUGAUAAAAGCGAAAAAUAUUUAGUUUAAAAUCUUUAAAAAAAAGAUUCAAUCCCUUUUUAAAAACUUUCCUUAUCCCUCCCAUCUAAAGAUUUAAAAAACAAACAAAAAUAAAUCAAAUAAAAAUAAUUUUAUAAAGGUAAAUAAUAGAAAUAAUUAAAAAAUGAUAAUCUUAAUUUCUAAAAAUCAAGUAAAAAGUAUCUCUUAUUAUUUAAUAAAUACAAUUUUAUUUUGUAAAAAAUUUUAUUUGAAUACAAAUAAUGAUUAAUGUUUGUUUGAAAAAGAAUUAUUUUAAAAAAUGAAUAAAUUU